AUGGAUCCUUCCUUUUAUAACCACACCAGUACCCAGGAUAUGUGGUACUUUCUGACUGGAAUCCCAGGACUGGAAGAUAUACAUGUCUGGAUCGCUAUCCCUAUCUGCUCUAUGUACAUUGUGGCUGUCGUAGGCAAUGUCUUCUUGAUCUUCCUGAUCGUGACUGAGCGAAGUCUCCAUGAGCCCAUGUAUCUCUUCCUUUCCAUGCUGGCCUUAGCAGAUAUUCUUCUUUCAACAGCCACAGCCCCAAAGAUCCUGGCCAUCUUCUGGUUCAAUUCUAUGAAUAUAUCUUUUGGUAGUUGUGUUAUCCAAAUGUUCUUCAUACAUUUCAUCUUCGUAGCUGAAUCUGCUAUUCUGUUGGCAAUGGCAUUCGACCGCUAUGUGGCCAUCUGCUACCCACUGAGAUACACCACUAUCUUAACCUCCUCAGUCAUUGGCAAGAUAGGCACAGCAGCUGUUGUCAGAAGCUUUAUGAUCUGCUUUCCAUUUAUCUUCCUGGUAUACAGACUUAAAUAUUGUGGUAAAAACAUCAUUCCCCAUUCCUACUGUGAGCACAUGGGCAUUGCCAGAUUGGCCUGUGAUAAUAUCAAAGUUAACAUAAUUUAUGGUCUGACUGUUGCUCUGCUGUCUACAGGACUGGAUAUAGUGUUCAUCAUCACCUCCUACUCACUGAUCCUUUGCACAGUGUUUAAGAUACCUUCCUGGUCAGCCAGAUUCAAGGCCCUUAACACAUGUGGCUCCCACAUCUGUGUCAUACUCAUGUUCUAUGCCCCAGCAUUCUUUUCAUUUUUUGCCCAUCGCUUUGGGAGCAAAACAAUCCCUCAUCACGUUCAUAUCCUAAUAGCAAAUCUCUAUGUGGUAGUGCCCCCAAUGCUAAACCCCAUCAUUUAUGGGGUGAAAACCAAACAGAUACAAGACAGAGUAAUUUUGUUUUUCUCUCCGAUCAGUACAUGUUGCUAA